UCUGUGACAAUGACAACUGUACCCUUAAAGAUAGCUGGAGGAUUCUCUGAUCUUCAACCUGCAACUGAGAGGAUCCAAAAUUAUUGCAAUGAGGUAAAGAAACAAGUGGAGGCAAAGACAAACCAGAAAUAUGUUGAAUUCAAGGCCGUUACAUACAGAUCCCAGAUUGUGGCUGGAAUGAACUAUAUCAUCGAGAUUCAAGUGAAUGAAUGUCAUUACAUCCAUGUGAAGCUGCACCAGGAGCUUCCUUGCAACGGAGGAAAGAUUGUGUUGAUUAAUGUGCAAGAAAACCACAAGAAGGACGAUCCCCUGGUGCCGUUCUAACGCCACCACACAGUCUGCUUCUGUAGAACUGAAGCCUCAGAACCAAACUCUGUUGUUUGCUUCAGUUUUAACGUGUUCAAGCACAAAGUCUACAAUGACAAUCAGAAGCUAUUUGCACUGGUUUAAAAAAGAAAAUUAAAGAAUGAAUUG